AUGUGCAGACGGGAAGAAUUACCAAGCCCAGUCACGUUGCUCGUGACGCAGAUGGAUCGAGUUGCCGAGUCGGACAAGAAGGAAACAGGAAACGACGACUUGAAGCUGGACUUCUCUCCCUCGCGAUAUAUCCUCAGCUUGUUCGUUGGAAGCAGCAAAGCCGAUAAGAUGGUUGCGGAUGCGCUUGUCUAUCACCCGACGGUGUCGCAUUACCUCAAGUUCGUUGCAACGACCGUCGGACGCGAUAAAGUCCUCCGUACCCUCCAAUACUUCUCUCGCUUCCUAGCAUGGUACUUGUACCGCACGAACAAGCCCGCCUCGUCCAUCGCCCCGUAUGAAGCGACCAAGAAGACUUUCGGCGCGACGCGCAAGUUGAUGCGCGUGGGCAAGUUUGUCGAGCACUUCCGCGCUGCGGCUGUGGCCAGUGAUGCGAAGACUAUGGACCCCGUGUUGAGGUUUACCGCCGUGGGAAGGCAGCUAGGAUAUGCGUUCUACAUGCUGUGUGAUAAUGCUUGUGUGCUCGACGCAACAUCCAUCCGCAAAUCCUCCUUCGCCCCACGUCUCCUCCGCGAAGGCUACCGUGCCUGGUUCGCCGGAAUCUCCUUUUCCAUUGCCUCCGGCCUGUACUCGUACUACAACCUGCUCCAGCACUCCAAGACUAUUACUUCUUCGUCUGACCCGGAGAAGGUAGUUGAGACAAAGAAGCUGCAGAAGGAGCUUAACGCUGUGAAGGUGCAGUUGAUUAGUGAUCUCUGCGAUAUCACUAUUCCUAGCUCGGCGCUGGGCUGGGUUGACUUGGAUGAUGGAAUUGUGGGAUUGGCGGGUACGACAAGUUCGCUACUGGGGGUUUGGAGUCAGUGGAGGAAGACUGCUUAG